AUGGAGUGGACCAGAGGCUCUGUUCUUGGCCGUGGUUCUUCCGCCACCGUCUCCACCGCCACCUCCACCUCCACCUCCGGUGAGGUUUUUGCUGUCAAGUCUGUGGCUUUGUCUCAAUCGGAGAGUUUGCAGAAGGAAAACCAUUUUUUGUCGAUUUUAAAGAGUUCUCGUGUGGUGGGGUAUAAAGGGUGUGAGAUUAGUAGAGAAGAUGGGAAGAUGGUUUAUAAUAUAUUCAUGCAGUUCAUGGCGGGUGGUUCGAUUAUUGAUUUACUGAAUCGGAGCAAUGGUGGGGGGUUGACGAAUUUGGAAAUUCAGAGAUAUACGAAACAUAUAGUUGAAGGGUUGGAUUACCUUCAUUCGAAUGGUGUAGUGCAUUGUGAUAUUAAAGGUCGCAAUGUUUUGAUCGAUGAAAGUGGUGCCAAGAUUGGUGAUUUGGGUUGUGCAAAGUGGGUUGAUGAUGAUCAGGUGGCAUCGCCGCCGAUUUGCGGGACGCCGAUGUUUAUGGCGCCGGAAGUGGCACGAGGUGAAGAACAGGGGUUUCCGGCGGAUAUAUGGGCACUUGGAUGUACAGUGAUUGAAAUGGCCACCGGUGGUUCACCGUGGCCAAAUGCUAACGAUCCGGUAUCAGUUCUUUAUAGAAUUGGAUUUUCCGGUGAAAUACCGGAAAUCCCAGAUGGGUUUUCCAAUCAAGCGAAGGAUUUUGUUCGAAAGUGUUUGAUUCGUGAUCCAAAACAGAGGUGGACGGCGAAACAGCUUCUGAAACACCCAUUUAUCGGAGAAUUCGACGACCAUCCAAAAGAAAUCAUCUGUGAAAAAAUGAUCAGUACAGAUUCACCGACAAGUAUACUUGAUCAAGACGUGUGGAACUCAAUGGAAGAAUCGUUAUCAUUAUCAUUAUCAUUAGGAUCGUCGGUGGAUUGUGAGUUCCCGCAAUCCACGUGUUCACUGAGGCAAAGAAUCAAACAGUUGGCGGACAAGUCAGAGAUACCAAAGUGGAGAUGUGAAAAGGGGGAAAGCGAUUGGAUGACAAUCAGAAGGAAUGAAGAUGGCGACGGAAAAGCAAUGGUGGGGCGGUGGCAGGUGCGGUAGGUGGAGGUGGAUUGCACCAUGAGUGGCGGUGAAGAUGAUGAUGAGUUGUUCAGUAGUUCCUUUAGAUGCCACCAAAGUUAGUUGUAUACCAAUAGCUGUAAAUGUAAAUGUAGUCUUAGAGAUGCUGCGGCACCGUUUUGAAUUAAUUUUUAUUUCACUCUUUUAACAU